CUCAUCGUCGUUUCUUUUAUGACACCAUGUAGCUCCCUCAAUGCCAAGCCUGCUGAUCUGCACGACGCUGCAUGCCCAAGGUGUCCCUCCAAUCUGCUCGCGCGCGAGAGAGUGACAUUCUGGAGAAGCUUGGAAAGGUCCAACAGGCUGCCCAGAGCCAUAAGCAGCAGACAAAGCUCAAUCAGCAGCGCCAUGAGUGGAUCGAACAGGCUCGUGGUUUGGCUCGGGAAGCACGGCGGCUAGAGGGAGAUCUAAAGGAUGCUGCCUUGGAGCUUGGAAUUUGGCCAGAAGAUGAGGAGGAGUUGCACUCCAAAGCUGAAGUGUGGCUUCAGGUGUCCGGCUUGCGAGAGCUGGUCUUACAGCUCUCGCGGCGGGACCCGCAACGGCUGCGGGAGAAUCCGCAGCAGGCCCUGCAGCUCCAAGAUGCCUUGAGCAGCGUGGCCAUGGCCGUGCGGAGUCCAUACUGGAGCGCUCAGGCCUCCGCAUUGGAAGAGGACUGCGCUUCGCUGCGGAGCAAGCUGCGUUGUGAACUGGAUGCCUUGAACGACUCGCGCAACAGCGGCGCCGUUGAGGAUCGUUGCGAUCUGAGCGAUGAAGAAGACAACUUGCUGCAAGACAUUGGAGAUGGAGAGGAGGACUACCGGAAAGAGUUGGAAGACAUCAAUGUACAGGUGGCAACUUCUUUGACCGAGCUGGAACAGGAGUUGCAAGAGCUACGUCGGCGCAGAGCAGGCUGGGAUGAUGAGUCCCACUUCCGGUUCUUACACAUCAAGAGGGAAUUCCAGGCCAACCGGAGGGAUCUCUUUAUGGAGCGGCUGCGACUAGAGUUCCCGCACCUGAAGCGAGAAGAGUUGCAGCAGCAUGAGGCGACGUGCGAUGCCUUGAAGUAUGCCAGCCAGCGGCAGGCCGCCAUCUUCCGCCAGUGGCGUCGCGAUCGGCUGAACCUGCUGCGCCAGCACCAACAGCGGCUACAGAAACGGCUCCGCGCUCUGGAAGCACAACAGCAGCGCCUGCAGGAGAUGCAGGAGAUCAAAGAGAAAGGCAAGCUGCUCCAAGGCCGAUUGCAGGUGGAGCGCCAAAAAGCUCAAGCCAAACGAGAGGAGCGUGAAUUGGAGCAGAGCGAGGAACAACAGCGGCAGCAAGCUCUCCAGGCCGAGAAGGAGCAGAAGCUACAGAAGCGCGCGGAAGUGGUUCGUCAACUCAGCCGCAACUUCAACGAGCAGCGACGGGAGCAGCAGCAGCGGGACAAGGAGGAUGCUGCUCUCCGCGAGCAGAAAGAGGCUGAGGAACGCAUUGCCCGCAUGGCGCGAAAUGCCCGCAUGGUCGAAAUGAGGAGGCAGUUGGACGAGCUGAAGCGGAAAGAGGUCGCACAGAAACGUGCGGCUUUGGAGCAAGAGCAGCUGGAGCGACAGAUGGCAUUGCAAAGAGCCUUAGAUCACCUCAAAGUCGAGGCGCCCAGAGACCUGCAGCGCCUCCACAAGGUGCCGGAGAGACACACUGCGGAAGCCUACAGCGAUCCGCUGGUUUGCGUCACCCGGGGGCCGGCGGCUGGCUUCGAUGAACAGCGCUUGAUGGCGGAUGCCCGGUACAAGCUCUCGGCUGCCCUGCAGGCCGCUGGCCUCUACUCCACAAAAGCGGGCCAAGAGGCCUUGGCACGGGUGGCAGCACCAAAGCCAGCGCAGCCACAUUUGGUUUCUCAGGUCUUCGGUGGCUAUCCGAAUGCUUGAUGUACAAAGAUCCAAUCCCGCCGACUUCCUUUGCCAAAAGAGCAAAGAGACAACGGUGGGAUCCGAGACGACGGCUCUAUGGGAUCCGAGACAUCAGAGAUCUUUUGACCUCACGAAGAGCUCCAGCGAUCAAAGACAAUCCCAUAGAGCGCAGCCGUGGCAGCCACCAAGGUCAGCUUGUA